AUGGCGGUGUGCGCGGAGCUGAGCCAGCUGCAGCACAUCGAGCCCUCCCGCUUCAUCUCCUUCUCCUUCCCCAACCCUCUCCUCCACGAUGCCUCCAACCCUUACGGCGACGCCGACGACCACGCGGAGCUCCUCCGGGUGGCCGUCAUCGACUCCCCUGCCCCCGCGGCGCCAUCCCCGCCCUCCCCGCGGACGGCGGCGAUGCUCGUCCCGGCCGGCCGGCACUGCGACUGGAUCUUCUCCACCCGCGCCGGGCAGCUCCACCUCCUCCUCUCCUCCCGAUCCCAGUGCACAAUCUCUCGUCUUAUACUCGUCGGCCCAGAGAUCCCCGCUCCCUCUCCUCGGGUCGUUCGCUGCGCCGCCGCUCGCCCGGACCCGGAUCCUGCUCGCGCGCGGCUCCUCCCGCUCCUCCUGGCCCUCUGCCCCAGGGCUGCGUUUGGCAACGGUGCCAUCCCUGACGUCCCGCUGCUCUCCUUCCACGAUGACCUCCUUCGGCUUGUUCCUGUCCAGGUUGUCGCCGGUCCUGUCGUCGGCGAGAUGCUUGUCGAGGAUGUGGCCGUGGACUGCGCUCCUGGCCCGGCCGAGUUGCGCCGGAGGCUGCGUUUCAAGCGCAUGCCGUGCCUUAUACAGACCCAGGUGCGCCUUGCCCGGCCAAUGUCUGCUGCUGCUGCCGCUGCUUCUUCUUCGUUGUUGGAGGCAUUGGAGGAGGGGCCUGCUAGUUCGUUACAGCCUGAGGUGGGUGGACCAUUAGUCCAGCCUUACCUCCAGGCCAUGGUUGCUGGCCUUGCACUCAUUGAUUCAUCGGUGGAGGAGAAUGCUCGGUCAGGUUCAAGGCCGAGGUGCCUUUGCGCUGGCGUUGGUGGUGGAGCUCUUCCAAUGUCCAUCAGAGUGGGACUUGGCUUCGAUGUACUGGGCGUUGAGGCUGAUUGUGUUGUCCUAGACGUUGCAAGGAACUAUUUUGGACUGGUGGAGGAUGAGUUCCUUCAUGUACGUGUUGGCGAUGCUAUUCAAAUGGUUCAGGAUUUUGCACAUGGAGAUGAGCCUGAUUCGAAAUUCAGUGCAAUUAUGGUGGAUCUUGACUCCCCUGAUGCUAUGUGUGGUGUCAGUGCGCCGCCAUUGGAGAUGACCCAUAGAAGCAUCCUUCUUGCUGCACGCAGAAUUCUACAUCAUCAUGGAGUGCUGGUACUGAAUGUAAUCCCUCCUGCUGCUGAUGCAUCCUUCUACAAAGGGCUGAUUGAUGUUCUUCACCAGGUUUUCUCUGAGUUACACGAAAUAGAUGUUGGUAAUGGUGAAAAUUUUGUUCUUGUUGCCAGAGUGUCACCGACUGAAAGCACCCUUCUUGAUAGUUCAAGGCUCUUUCGGACGGAAUUGAGGAAAUUAACUGGGGAUUUUUUGGAACGUGCAUAUGAUCAUGAAGAUUGUUCUGUCCUGCCAACCAUUGUACGACAUUGUUUCAAAUUUAGCCUUGUUAUUAGAUUAUCAUAUUAUACGUCAAUUGGCUUUUAUGGGGUGGGUCCAGCAGGAGCGGCCGCUGAAGGAGGAGUAGGACGACAAGGACGACGACGAUGA